GUAACACAUAUUCACCACCAAGUUUGAAGUUCCUGCAACAGAAAAGAUCUCUCCAUAAAAAUGGGGAUGAGCGGAAAUGUCAAAACACAACCUAAACACCAGACAAGGCUGGGUGGGACGAGAGCGGCUAUGUUUGUAUAUGUUAUGGUAGGGCUUGAAAAUAUGGCAUUCCUUUCGAUGUCUGUCAGCUUGGUGACUUACUUCUUCGGUUAUAUGAAUUUUAGUUUGACCAAGUCAGCCACGACACUUACAAACUUCUUGGGCACUGCAUAUCUACUACCACUAUUUGGAGGGUAUAUUUCUGACACCUAUUUGUCGAGAUUCAAGACUUGCAUCCUAUUCGCUUCUUUUGAAGUUGUGGGUUAUGCACUCCUAGCAGUUCAAGCACGCUUCCAACAGUUAAGGCCGGUUCCGUGUAACGCUAGCCUAGGAAAUCAGUGUGAGCAAGCAGAAAGUGGGCAAGCGGCGAUACUGUUCACGGGUUUGUAUUUGGUUGCGUUUGGGACAAGUGGAAUUAAAGCAGCCCUGCCUUCACUAGGAGCAGACCAAUAUGAUGAAAGUGACCCGAAAGGGGUAAAAUCACUUGCAAGCUACUUUAACUGGCUUAUGUUUAGCGUCACAACCGGGGCUGCAUUUGGUGUCACGUUUUUAGUGUGGAUCAGCUCCAACCAAGGAUGGGAUUGGGGGUUCGGUGUGUGUUCUGUAGCUGUCUUGGUAUCGGCUCUUUUUCUACUUAUGGGGAAAUCCAUGUAUAGGAAUUACGUACCUAAAGGAAGCCCGAUCCUUAGAAUUCUACAGGUAUUUGUGGUGGCAAUAAAAAACCGAAAUAUACCAGUACCCGAGAUGACAGAGGAGUUGCAUGAGACAUAUGACAAAGAAUCUGGAGUAACAACUGAUAUUCUACAAAGAACAGAUAAACUCAGAUGUCUGGAUAGGGCAGCGGUUGUUAGGAGCGAACUUGAUGCAUCUGAACUGCGGUCAUCAGAAUCAUGGAAACUGUGUACAGUAACACAAGUUGAAGAAACUAAGAUAUUAAUCCGCAUGUUCCCGAUUAUACUAAGCACUAUAUUCAUGAACACAUGUUUGGCGCAACUACAAACGUUCACCAUUCAACAAAGUACAACCAUGGACAGGAACCUCCACGGUUUUACGGUUCCUGGUCCCUCAAUUCCCGUAAUUCCACUCGUGUUCAUGUCUAUUCUAAUCCCACUUUACGAUCGAAUAUUCGUGCCAGUCAUGAGAAGGUUCACCGGGAUUCCGACAGGAAUCACACACCUCCAAAGGAUCGGAGUCGGACUAGUUCUCUCCGCCAUCUCAAUGGCAGUAGCGGGAAUCGUGGAAACCCACCGGAAGUCAGUCGCUGUCGAGAAUAAUAUGGUUGAUUCCCCGGGACCACUGCCGUUAACGGUUUUCUGGCUAGGUUAUCAAUACGCUAUUUUUGGGUUGGCUGAUAUGUUUACGUUGGUAGGGCUGUUAGAGUUUUUCUACAAAGAGAGUUCAUCGGGAAUGAAGUCACUCGGCACCGCUAUCGCAUGGUGUUCAAUGGCUUUUGGAUACUACACGAGCUCGAUAGUGGUGGAGGUAGUUAAUAAAGUGAGUAACGGGUGGUUAGCUAGUAAUAACUUGAAUAGAGAUAAGUUAAAUUACUUUUAUUGGUUAUUAGCGGGUUUAAGUAUAGUGAAUUUAGGGGUUUAUUUGAUGUGUGCCUCUUGGUAUAAAUAUAAGAAGACGGGUAUGAAGCAAAUUGAUGGAGGUAACAAUGGUCAUGUCACAAGUGAAGGAAAGAUUCAUACGUCUAUUGCGUAGGUUAUUCAUAUGCUAGAUAUGUGUUCACAAGUGUGUGGGAAAACAUAAUGUAACCCUUUUCAUAAUAUCUAUAAUUCUGUAUUUUUUUUUCUAUGUAUCAUAAAAGCAUGUAAAAAAUAAAUUAUGAAGAUGAUGAAAUUUUAGUGAAGAUAUGAA